CUCACAGGUAACCUUCGUGCCUGGGGUUCAGCCUCUAUUUCACCCCAGACGCCCCAGGUCCCCGAGGCACCGACUGCCUGGCAGCCAGGGCUCUGUGUCUUGAAACCCGAGUGCUGUCCCCGCCAGAGCUCUCUGUGUCUUGUCAGGGCAGCUUGCCAGUUGUGCUCUGUGCCAGCUCAGUUCCCCCUUCUGCAAGUGGCAGCUGCCCGUUCUGUGCUGUUGCCAAGUCUGGAACUCUGCCGCAGCCUCUUGAAAGGACUCAGAUCUCCCAUCUUUCCGUGAAUCCCGAGUCAGCGGUUAAUGAUCCCUAUACCAAGAGCACCCACAGACCCAUUCCUGAUUUCAGAGAGAGCAGCUGGGUUCAAGUCGGAGAAACGUGCUGAUCUUCAUUGCCAGCCUCCACUCUCUGCUUCCUUUACCCAGUCGUUCUCCACCAAGGCCCGUGACUUUGGAGACAAGACAGAGAUGGGACCGGGAGGGCGGGCCUUUCUGCAUCGGGCAGGUUUACUCCUGGGGUCUUUGCUGUCUCCCACCAGGACCUUUCGGGUGCUGUGCACAAUGUCCCUGCAGGCCUGGAAUUGGGAGGAAGAGGAAAGAGCGAGCAUGGAGCCGGUCUCCUCGGUCAGUGCUUGCCAGUCAGCGAGCGAAUAUGAGACAGAGGAGUACCUGAAGUCCAGGACCCCAGACUGGGGCUCUGAGUACCAGUUCAGCAGCAGCCUGCACUCCUCAGAGGGGCCAUCCUGCACCUUUAACACUGAUGUGCCGCAGGUUGUCCCCUGCACCUUUGUCAUCUCACUGGCCAUCCCCCCAACACUGUCAGGUUUUAAAGGAAAAGUAACAAUUGAAAAAAAAAAGGGCCUUAAAUCAGACGGCCGGAUUUCAAAGCCUCGACAAUUCUACCACAUUGAGUAUUUUUUCUUGCCCGAUGAUGUAGAGCCCCAAAAAAUUGAUAUUGUGGUGUUUCAUGGCCUGGCCAAAGUGUUUAUGGAGUCAGGAGUAAAGACUGUGAAGCCGUGGAAAGAAGGUGACAAAAUCUGGGUGUCAUGGAGCCAGACUUUGAACAUCAAUAUGACAAAGGAACUGUUAAAGAAACUGAAUUUCCACAAAAUCACUUUGAAGUUCUGGGACACCAAGGACAAAGUUUCAAAAAAAGUCAGGUACCACCGGCUGAAGGCAACGCUACAUUUGGAAGACCCAGAAACUUUUGAGGAAGUGAAAUUUCUGGUUUUAAGUCAGAAAAACUUGUCUACAGCUGGCGGUGAUAAAGCCAGCCCUGUUGCUGAGGUGUUGAAAGAGGGGAAGUCACAAGGUCACAAUGAAAAGGCAGAAAAAGAAAAGACAGAAAAAGAAAAGGCAGAAAAAGAAAAGGCAGACAAACCCAUGAAGUCUCUGCAAGAGACUGAAAGCUCUUCUAAGAACAGCGAGGAACAUGAGAAGUUACUGAAGACAGACGACCCUUCUACAUUUAGACAGACCACCAUAAAAACAAGUGCUUCUUUUGGUGGCUCAACCAUGAUGGAGAUCAAGGAACUCAUCGAGAAAGCAUCCGUGAGCAGCUUAAUGACCAUGAUGGAAAGACAAAAGUCUCAAACCAAAGGAAGAGACGCAGACAUGAAGAGGAAAAGCUCAAAGAAAGUGAAGAAAUAUCAGUCUGAAGAGGAGACGGCUGGCACGGGGAGGCAGAGCAUCUUCUCCAUCCAGUUGUCCAUCAUGCCGCUCCUUGCUGGCUGGCAAACAGUCAUCGCCCAUGGCAGCGAUAAGUCUGUCAACAUUUUGGAUUGCUUUGUGACUCUAAAAACAGAAUGUCCUAUAAUGACCGAAGAGCAAAAGCAAGACUUAAACCCUCUGACCAUAAAGAUCAAGUGUGCCUCUUGCCUUCCGUCUGAGCCUGUAUCCAUUGAUGACCUGCAGAGGCUGUGCAACCCUGUGUACUGCAGAUACCAGUUCCACAGGACUCCAGUUCAUGAGACCAGCGGAUGGCCCCAUGGGACUCACGUAUUUUUCCAGGAUGUCAACGUCAUCUUCCUCGGGGCCAUGCACUUCAGUGACGUGAAGGAGUACCUGGAGGGCGCCCCCAUGGUGGUGGAAGUCCAUGACAGGGACCGAAAGUUAGAGGAGCAUUCCUGGAAGCCUGCCUUGUUUGGAGAGGACCCUGUGGAUUCGUACAUCAAUCUCCAAGGUUUCAUCUCCCCCAAAGACACAGAGAAUAACCCCUUUGAGUCUCAGAACAAGACGUGGAACCCUUAUGGGGUUGCCCGGGUCAGUUUUGCUGAUCUCCUCCUUGGUUAUAAGUACUUGAACCUGACUGUCCCUAUCCAGAACUGUGAGCCACAGUCGGCCAACCAGAGUGAGGAAAGCAGGAACAGAAAGACAUCAGCCCGAUGCCGCACAGAUGUCCUCUGGCACAGCCCGAUGCCCAUGGGCAACUACCUGGAGGCCAACUCUCUGCUCAAGCUUCGAGUGGACAUCGCGGUGCCCCUGAGUAUUUGGGGCAUGGCCCAAGAGCUCGACCCCAUAGGGACCCAAAUUGGCCGCAUCAUUUUUGUGUUCAACACCAGGAAGCUAUCCCUCCUACAGAGCCUGCUGCAGGACAUCACCAAGAUCAAUGCCAAAGCCCUGGACCUGGAAAGCUACCCCGUUGAGAACAUGCAGCAGACCCUGUCGGCCUUCAGGGUGCGUGUGAAGAACCAGGAGCAGAACCUGGACGUGCUCACUGGCUUCCAUCUGCUGGAUGGGAAGAUCCACCUGCUCGUUCUGGAAGGCCUAGUGUGCCAUGGCCUGAAGCGGCUAUGGGAGAGUUACCAGAGCUGGGUCACCACCUCCAAUCGUGAGGCCUGCAAGGUGCUGUAUGACUCCAGGUUGCUCUUCCAUGACCGCAUGUACGCUGACCUGGAGACCCUCCUGUACCACAUACAUUUGUUCAGGCCUGUGUCGAUGCUCCUGAGGUACCCAGCGCUCUAUAUUCGAGGGGCUGUGCCACGCAAAGCCUUUAAGGCACUGACCAAGAUCCAUGACAUCUGUCACAACAGCACCAGGCUCAAGGAGGUUAUUGUAAGGGAUCUGCUGCCUUCUUCCUCCAUGCUUAAAGACCUGAACCUAGGGUUUGGAAUACCCAUUUCUCAGGAAGAACUCGGAGAUGCAAAGCAGAUGGCCAGAUCAUCCCCACCUGCUCCCAGUGAGGAGAAUGUCCAACGUCGGAUUUCUACCCUCCCGCAGGAGAUCCAAACCCACCAGGACAAGUACCUGCACUGGCGGAACAACAUGCUGCUGAAGAACCAAGCCCACAGGGGGAGCCUUGUCAAGAAAAAUAUCACAGAAGCCUAUCAAUUCCCCAAGAAGCCUCUAAAGUCAACGGCAGCAAUUAGAAUUCCCAUUCCUGAGAACAACGUUGUCCACAACUACAGCAUCCAGACCCUGAAUUCCACAGAGCUUGCUAAGAAGGAGAUGUUUAAAGAGAUGGCCAAGGAGCCAAGGAAGAGAUUCACAUAUUCACAGAAUUACCUCUCAGCUAUGGUGGAUCCCCUGGACCUAAAGGAAGAGGAGAGGAAAGCCCAGAAGAAUUCCCGCCAGGCCUGGCUCACAGCCGGUGGGUUCCAAUUGUGGGGUCUUCAGAACACCACUGGAAGCCACCAGCAGGAUCUUAGACUACCACUCAUCAAAGAGCUAAAUGAGGAAUGGCAAGGAAGCGCGGGGUUUAUUAACAAGCUGAAGCCUGCGCUGGACCGGGAGAGGUGGAGCUGGAGCCAGCGCCAUGUGGACUUUGAGCUGUACAAGAAGCCCCCACUUCACUUCCCGUUGCCCCCUCUUCCAGCUCCAAAGUCUGCAACUGCUAGGAAACGAAAAGCAAAGACCCAGUCUUCCGAACAGCGCCAUCGCAGCCGUGUCACAGUAAAGCCACCUAGUACCCAUGGCAGUUUCUCUGUGCAAGCCCAAGACUCUCCCAGUGAUCCUCUUCCGUCACUAAAGAUCCCGUCUCAGCUAGGCCCUACUUCCCAUGAAUCUUCACUGGGACUACACCUCUCAAGUCCCUCCUUCCCCAGCCAGUGGCUUCAUUAAAGUGUAGUAUAACAAAGGAGGUUAGCUCAGUUCCCAUGACCCUGUUGCAAAUGCAUGCUGAUUUCAA